AUGGAACGGCCCAUAUAUCAAGAAGGAAGUGAACACGAGAACCCAGGUGGGCUCGAGUUGGAAAGAUUCCAGACACCGAAGGAGCAACCUAGUUCAGAGCAACACCAUGUAUACCAGUCAAGGGAGGAAUCGAAUCCUCUAUUCAGACCAACAUCGUCACCAGAACACGACCUACGAGUAUCAGCAUCAACAAAUUCAGUCCAUCACCAGAAAAGCAAACCAAUGGGAGCAGAAACACUUCGCAAGCGGCCCAAACACCUACGAAAGGGGCUCCUUGCAAAUCUAUUAAGAUGGUUCUGCUCAGUCCUCUUCGUCGUAGCCAUCUACGUGGUGCUCUGGUACUUCUCCCAGCAAGAUGUCAUGACGACAGAAACAAAAAGAGAGUUCAAUGCCCUUAUCAUUGGUCUUUCUCUUGGCCUCGGUAUGAGUAUAACUAUAUCCCUCGAGGCCAUGGCCAAAGAGAUUAGGUGGUGGAUUCUCGAGCUUCGAGACUGGCCAAAACGAGAAACUGAACUGAUUUUGAAAGCCAAAGAUUUGACCAAGAUCAUCCAACUUACCUGGGAAUCUGGCUCACGCUCUAUACGCUGUUACGCCGUCGUUUUCAUUCUACUCAACCUUGUAUCCCAAAUUGCUUUGGCCAUGUUGGGUCUGGUUUACUCCACGAACACAGCUGACUCGGCUGCGAUUCUCAAACCUGGCAGCGUCACCGUAGCAGACUUUUCCGACUUGGAAACGACUAGGGUUCUAUCGUCCAAGUCCCAAGCAGUGGGCGCGAUGCGAUACACUGCAAAUAGCUAUGGAACUAUUGCACUUGGUUGGGUAUGGGGAGACAUGGACGCUGUGCCGGUACCUGGCACAUUGUGGGACAACAACGACCCCUUGAUAUACUGCGGUACAAAAUCCUGCAAAUUCGUCUUUCAAGAGUGGACGUCAAGACCAAAGAAAUAUGAUAUAAUAGUGAGCACAAACCGCACCGUCGAAGCCACAGGAAACUGUCGCAGUUGGAAAGUCACAAAAGGAGGUGGCGGAAACGAGACGGGCAUCACUAUAGGAGACAAUGGCCGAACAGAGGUCAACAUCACCGCUAUGAAUGGCGUCAACCAAACAACAUUCAUGUUCGACGCCGCAAGAGACCAGGGCUCAACGUGGAGCGAAAUCACAGCUUUCGAAGCCUCCGAGUCAAGUCCAUGGUUCUACCGUUGCAACAUCAGUUUUGGGCCCGUCAUCAACGCCUAUCGUAAGGAACACGUUCUUGGUGUUAACAUCACCUCGUUGGCAUCGUCAGCAAUAGCCCUCCAAGGAUAUGGAGCUUCUUCACUAGGUCCCACCAACAGUGACCGGCAAUUCCAAAGUUACCCUGCCGAGUCAACAUAUGGAGCACCUGCGAAUGGUGAUACAGACAACAUGGGGGCACUGGUGGCAGCUUUUGCGGCGGGUGUUGUAGCUGUCGUUGGCCAAGCCGCCAGCACUCUUGUCAUACCGGGACUUCAGCCUCAGAACGGAGUUGUGCUAGAGAUAUCUAAGUGGGCGUACGUUCAUCUUAUUUUGGGGUUAAGUCUGGCCGUACAGCUACUUCUGGGCGUCGGGGUUGCGAUACUGUCAAACAUAUAA